AUGUUUCCCCGCCUAGCUGGUCCGAGUGCCCAGCAACACCAGGACGAUGAUAUAUUUGCUGGUGCCACGACAACGGUGCGUUCAGCAUUUCCCAAUUCCCGCCUAGAUUCCCUUGCCAAUCACAAUUAUCAAUCGCAUGGACAAUCAGCGUUAACACCUCCCCAUGGAUCGCAUGGAUCACAUUCGGCAGCGUCACUGCCAACGAGUGCCACAUCACAGCCAUCGCCAGCAUUUGGCGGCGGAGGCAACAAUCAUCAUCAAUUGUUGUCACCCCAUGAUCCGGCGAUACAAACCGAUUUCUUAGCCACCGCCAGCACAAUAUUUGGUGAUGCUGCAGCAGCAGCGGCAUCUGGUGGCGUGGAGGCCAGCAGUAGUGGUGGUGGUGGUGUGGCGGGCAGCAGUAGUUCGAAUCUUUUACCUGCCAAUGACGAUGACUGGUGGUUGAAUGCCAUCGAAGAGGAUACCUUUGAGUCACCGUUGGCCUUCGAUGCCAGCGAGAAUGGCCUGUGGAAUGGACGUUUUGUGCCACCACCACCGAGACCGCCCUUUCUCGACGAGAGUGUGGCCGCCGAUGGUCUGACAACCUGUGAUCUAUGCACAUGGGCAUGGCAGCGGAAUGCCUAUUCAUUGGAUGGAUCGAUAGAUGCAUCUGGAGAAAUUGGCUGGGCCUUUACACUGAUUGUAGUCUCAAUUCUAUCAGCUCUAAUAGGUGCUAUUGUUAUGGUCGUAGUUCUAAGAUGUAGAAGAAUAAAAUCAGCAAAUGCUAAUGGUCGACCCCAGCCCUGGUGGUGUCGCAACAAUCGUGGCAGCGGCAGUGGUGGCGGUACAAACGGCCGUGGGUCCCUUUCGGCCAAGCACUCAGCCGAUAGCAUACGAAGACCCACCAGCAAUUCGGGUGUCUGGACCUGGUUGGGUGGCAGCCGACGUUCAUCGGAGGGACCCGAUCAAAUUGGGCCACCCUCCUCAUCACCGGCUGAGAAUCAUUAUACCCACAUGGAUGAUGCCUAUAGUCCGGUGGGUGUUAGUGAGGCUUUGUAUGCUGAAUUGGAUAGGGAAUCAGUGCGCUCCAAUAAUCCCUCAUAUCAGAAUACCGGCUAUAGCCAGUGUGGAGAUAAAUACACCUUCCAUCAACAGGAUCAUGAUUUGCCCAUUGUGGUAUCCUCGGCCCCCAGCAGUGCUUACUAUUCUGAUCUCUCGGUAACCGGGGUACCGGGUGGUGCCGGCAAUGAACGUGCCUAUGAAAUUGUUGGCCUCACAGUUAUGAAUCAACCCUUGCCAAACUGGGAUGGCAGUGGUGGCGGGUCCACAGCUGUAAGUUCUUCUUCGACGGCCGCGGGAACAGGCACCUUUUUAGCCGGCACCCUGGGUAGCAAUGGUGAGGGUAUGGCCUCACAACGAAGAAUUCCCCGUUUGGCAGCCAUCAAUGAGACCAGCACAGCAACGGUGCCCUCUGAUUAUGUAUGA